AUGUCGAUGGAACAAGCAAUUUGUGAAGGCGCAUCAUACGGCAUAGCAUAUGAUGAUAGUGAUCAGUAUAAUUCUUGCGACGUCAAUGUUCCAUCGCUUAGUGAAGAUGACACACAUGUGGACAGGGGGAAAGAAUCUCGAAGCGUUAUUGAAGUACUGGAUGAUGCAAUGGCAGUGAUUCAUGAGUUACCCGAUCACACUGGAAUUCCAUUAGAUGAAAUCCCGUACGUAGGAUUGAGAUUUGUUUCCUUGCAGCAAGCACAAGAGUUCUACACUAAUUAUGCAAAGAAAGUUGGCUUCGUGACCAGGAUUAGGAAUACCAACUUUGACAAGACCAGGAAUGAUUCAAAGAUACCUGUUAACCAAUCGUUACACUGUAGUCGUGAAGGUUAUCGGGAGUCUCGAGUGAAGGCAGCAACUCGGGUGAAGAGAAUAACAACAGCCGGUUGCAAAGCAAGGAUGUACGUCAUGCUUGAUAGGCAGAAGGAUAAUUGGAUGGUCUCCAAACUAGAACUGAAGCACACCCACCCGUGUUCUGCCAAACAAGCUGUGCACUACACUAAGUACAGGGAACUGACCAUGCAUGCCAAGUGUGUGAUUCAGAACAACGAUGAGGCUGGCAUACGGCCCAAUAAGACUUAUCUUGCACUGGCAAACGAAGUUGGUGGCUCGUCGAAUUUGGGUUACUCAGAAAAGGAUGUGAGGAACUUCAUUACAAGCAAUUUGCGCUGUGCUGACGGAAACGCAGAUGUCAAGAAAAUGAUUAGCUAUUUUAUGCGAAUGAAAGAUAUCAACCCAAAUUUUUUUUAUGCAGUUGAUGUAGACGAAGCUAACCAUUUUAAAAGUGCGCUCUGGGUAGAUGCAAGAUGCAGGGCUUCCUAUGAAUAUUAUGGUGAUGUGGUAUCAUUUGAUACAACGUACAGUAGAAACAAGCACGGACUUCCAUUUGCAUCUUUUGUUGGCGUUAACCAUCAUGGCAAGUCCACUCUGCUCGGAUGUGCGUUGAUGGGGAAUGAGGAAAUUCGUUGCUUUGAGUGGGUCUUUAAGCAAUGGUUAAGAUGCAUGGGAUCUCCCCCACAAGCCAUAAUUACGGACCAGUGCAAAUCCAUGUUUGGUGCUAUCAAGAAUGUCCUUCCAGAUACUCGCCACCGAUGGUGCAUAUGGCACAUAAUGAAGAAGAUACCGCAUAAGCUCGGAGGAUAUGCUCGAUAUAAAGAAAUAGAUGAUAGAAUGCAUGGCACUAUUUGGAAUGCCAGGUCUGUGGAAUCUUUUGAAAAGGAUUGGGCUGCAUUCAUUGUUGAGUUUAACUUGGAGCAAAAUAGAUGGCUAUCAGACCUUUAUGACGAACGUCGAAUGUGGGUUCCAAUUUAUUUUCAAGGUGAAUUUUGGGCAGGUAUGAGAAGUACUCAACGGAGUGAGAGCAUGCACGCUUUUUACGGUGGUCACUUGCAUUGCAAGAGUGGACUGGUUCAGUUCGUGCAUGAGUAUGACAACGUGCUUGGGAACAAGGAGCAAAAGGAACUGGAAGAUGAUGCUGCAGACUCUAAAGGAGUUGUUCCUUGUUCAUCGAGUACUACAAUUGAAAGACAAUUUCAGCGUGAAUACACAACCUCUAAGUUUAGGGAAGUACAACAGGAAUUCAGGAAAAAAGGGGAUUGUUUAGUAAAAGGUGCGAUUCAGGACGGUGAUUUAUUUCGUGUAAUCGUGAAAGAGCAAUACAUGUUAUAUGGGGAACCCAGGUCCUGGAAUAAUAUUGUCGAGUUUGACCCAUCGACACACAAGAUUCGGUGCGAGUGCAACAUGUUUGCAUCGAGAGGUAUUAUUUGUUGUCACUAUCUUGCUGUUUACUUUUAUUACGGAGUAGACAGAGUACCAUGUUGCUAUGUUCUCCCUCGAUGGAGCAAGAAUGUACAGCGGAAACACACUUUCAUUAAGAGUAGCCAUGACGAGAAGCGAUCAGAUGAAAGCCACAACUUAUUUAGAAGACUGUGUACGCACUUCUUUAAUGUGGCACAGGAAUUCGUGACAUGCGAAGAAGAGGCGGCCAUGUUACAUUCGGGUCUUGAUGAGUUAAGGGCGAAGUUGGUUGAUUAUCGUGCGAACUUGGGGUCCAGAAGUGUUCCUAAUACAGAUAACAACAUGGUGACACAGUCUGACCCAGCUUGUGUUGCAAUAGAGAUUUUAGGUCCCUCUAAGGUUGCAACAAAGGGUCGACCGAGACUGAAGAGGCUUGGAUCUGAACUGGACACAUCCAUUAAGAGAUCUAUGCGAAGAAAGAAGAAUAAUCCACAUCAGGAAAAUAAUCAAGCAAUCAAUCCAAACAUAGUGGCGGUUCCUGCUCUAAGCACGAAUGAAUCAAAUGGAAAUGGCGGGUUCUUGUCUUUGUUACACUCAUUCCGACAUAGUUAGAUUACUUUUGAUUAUGGAUUUGUAUCGACACUUGCUGUCUUUAGUAAUAA